UAAUCACGCUCUCUGUCUUUUCCCUCCAUAUGCAUUUGUAUGGUUGCCACACCGAAUACUCCUGGAGAGACCUCCAGCUCAACAGCAAUCUUCAGUUCACCUUAACUGCUCGUAAGCUCUGGUUCACCGCUCCGUCACUCCGGCACAUACAAAAUUAUUCGUUUUCGUUCCUCUUAUAUCCAUUCGCUCGCUCACUCUGCCGCGCGGUGGUUUGUGGUGAAGAAGUGAAGACGACUCUGGAAAACAUUACUAAUUCCAUUAUCAAAUAACAGUGGAAUAUCUCAAAAGGUCUUUUCUUCUGAGCGCCUCUCUUCACAUUUUCUGUGUUUCUUGACUGUUUUUCGAGGGUUAAUUAAGUGAUUUUUUUUCCAUCUCGUUCCGUGAGUGGACCAACGGAAGACGCCGCACCGAGAAAAUUGCUUUAUUACAGUUGGUGGUGUUUUGAUGUUGAAUCCACAAGUGUUGUCUCUCCACAAACAAAGUGUUUAUGGUGCACCCUCUCGAGUGCUACAACAAAUCCCAAGGAUUAGCACCUAUUAGUGUUUCGGGAUUAGGACACUUCUGCCCAUCUUUUCUCACCCAUUCACACUGCAGAGAGCUUUGGUGCAGAAUCUACCUCUUGGCACAACCUAUGUCAAUUCGGUGGCAAAUACUUCUUAAUGAAUAAUAAAUUGGGGAUUUAGUCGGAUACUGGCUGGAAGUUCAGAAACCACCAUGUUUUCUGGAAUUUCGAGUACGCCAAGUCAUGAAACGUUACCCAGCGACGAUACAAUUAAUCUGACCACCGACAUUGACUUCUGGUCAAAUGUUGUUGAGGAGAAUUUGCUAAAUUCUCCCCUAACUUUUGACGCCAGUGAGAGUGGUUUGUGGAAUGGAAAAUUUGUUCCUCCGCCACCACGACCACCCUUUCUCGAGGAAACCAUUUCUUCAGAUGGGCUCACAACGUGUGAUUUAUGUUCGUGGGCAUGGCGUGAACGAAAUGCAUUUUCAUUGGAUGGACCAAUAAAUGAAUCAUCCGGUGAUUUGGGAUGGGCACUUACCUUAAUAACAGUGUCACUUCUAUCGGCCCUCAUAGGUGCUAUUGUGAUGGUUAUUUUCUUUAGAUGUAGGAGACUUAAAGCAGCCAAUGCCGCUGGUGGUCGUCAAUUGCAAUGGUGGUGUCGUGCACCGCGACAGAAUGUGGCAACCAAUAGAAGUAUGAUGGCCAAACAUACGGCAGACAGCGUUCGCGGUUCUCACAGCAAUUCAGGACUGUGGACAUGGCUGAAUACACGGCGUGUGUCGGUGGGGCCAGAUCAGCUCACGCAAACACAAUCAUCGCCAGCCGAGAAUCACUACACCCAUAUGAAUGAUGCCUACAGCCCAGUGGAGGUGGACGAGGCUCUCUAUGCGGAACUGGACCGAGAGUCGGUUCAAUCGGGACAGCCGUCGUACCAGAACACAGCUUACAGUGGCGAGAUGUUCUUGCAGGCGGACCAAGAAGUCCCAAUGGUGUCUUCUGCACCCAGUAGCGCAUAUUACUCUGACUUGUCAGUGACGGCGAUGCCACCAGAACGCACGUACGAAGUAGUCGGUUUAACUGUGAUAUCUGCACCACUUCCCAACUGGGAGCCGAGUGACAAUCAUGGUAAUGAAGGCUUUUCGCAGGGGAAGAGACAAACACGCCUUGCGGCGAUAAACGAGAGCUCAACCGUGCCCUCGGAGUAUGUAUGACUGAAAAAUGAAUCCCCAUAAGUAAAAUACCCUCCACCAUGUUAAUUUUCAUUGCAAAAGUGAGAAAAGAAAAUUGUCAAGACUAGAUUCUAAACAUUUAUUUAUAAAUAUUGUAAAAUUUUUAUGUGUACUGUAUAAUAUGUACAGGGGUCACCACCUUUAGGAUAUAAGCUCAAGAUUUUUAUGAAUAGGUAGAGACGAGAAAAUCAAUUUUCUAUUGUGGUCAAUUUGAAAGUUUUAUUCUUUCAGAGUAACUUUCAUUAAAACCAUAUACGAGAAGGCGUACGAAACAAAACGAGUUCGACAUUCAAUAGAAUUUUAGUUCAAGAUGAAAAGAAGUUAUUUCAGUGAGAAAUAGGAUAAUAAAUAAAAACAAGACAUUCACAAAAAGAGGUAACAGAGUGAAACAUAAAAUUUAUGGCACAUUUUUUCAAAGAGACAAUUCAAACAUUGAUACAACCAUUUUAUGAAUAUAUUUAUUUUGUGCAAUAAAA